AUGGAGUUGAUUGAUCUUAAUGAAAUGCCAGUUAUAAAUGGAGGAGAUGAUAGAAGAAUUUGGACAUAUACCAUUUCAGGUGAUUUUACAGUGGCAUCAGCAGUAGAAGCUAUAAGAGAGAAAUUCCCUAAACUGCAAUUGAUAGCACAGGUAUGGCAUCCCUCAGUUCAUCCUAAUACUGCAAGCAAUGUCCGGAAGAUAAAAUCUCCUAUGUGGAACAAUACUUAUGAUCUACAAGUUUUAAGAUCCCUUGGAAUGAAACGCAGGAAAGUAAAAGGAGUAAGAAUUAAAGAAAUCUUCUUCCAACUUCCUCCUCCAAAUCAGAUACUGAUGUGCUGUGAUGGGGACUUAAAAGGAAAUCCAGGAAUUUCAGGAUAUGGCUUCAUUGGUAUAACAAGUUCUUGUGAAUUCUUAAUUGUUGUUGCUGGUGGAUUGGGUGUUUCAACAAAUUUUUUCGCAGAAGUUUUAGCUAUCUUGAAUGCAGGAGAAUGGGCAGUUAGCAAGGUAUUUCAAGGAGUAUGUUUUAGAACAGAUUCUUCUGUUGCAAUCUCAGCUUUACAGAACAACAAAAUUCCCUGUUUUGUAGUGAAUAGAUGGCAGAAAAUAUGUGCAAGUCUUACAUCCUGGUGCAUCAUCCAUAGUUACAGAGAAGUGAACUUCUCAGCAGACAAGCUAGCAAAAAAGGGUUCCAACCUAGCAAGAGGUGAAACAAGAAUAUUUGAUUCAAGGCCAUAA